AUGCCAGCUCUGGUGCGGCGCCUUCUCAUCUGGGCGGCAGCGGACGGGCUGGUCCUGCAGGCACAUGGUCCUUCUGAGAACCACAGGGCGAUUCAAAUCGACUACAAGAACCGGCAGAUCAAAGAGCUCCCUUCUUCGGCCUCAAAUAAUGGAGGUGCUGCGACACCGCUUGAGGCGCACGGCAUCAUUGGAUUAUUGUCGCUGGCGUCGUCGACUUUUCUGAUCGCCAUCACGCGCCGUGAGCAGGUCGCGCAGAUCUUUGGGAAGCCGGUCUACGUGGUCACGGAUGUGGCGCUCGUGCCACUGUCGUCGCAGGGUGAGGCGGACAAGGCUAUCUCAGCCAGUGUCGCUUCGAAAAGCCGUGGGACGAACGAUGCGGCUACGAAUACUGAGUCGGAUUCAGAAUCGGAUCUGAGUGACGAUGGCUCCGAUGAGCAUGCACGUGCUGGUACUGCUGCCGAUGGGGAUGGAGAUCCACAUGAUGCGGAGCCGGAGACACCAAUGGACGAUGUCAGGCCGGAGCAGGCACGUACGACGUCUAGCACCAGCAUUGCCAGAGAUGUGAUUGCGAAUCGUGGCCAAUAUGGACGUUUUGCCUCCCAAUGGUUCUCAAAGCAGGGCUGGGGCGUUGCCAAGGGUGGGAAUAACUCAUCAACAUCAAUCUCUUCUACUAGGUCAAAGGAUGACACUGCUGGAAAUGCUAAAGAAGGAGGUGCUGCUACAGCCGCCACGGUGAAUUCUGAGUCGGCCAAAGAGGCGGUCGACCAGGAUGAUAGGGCGCGUGACAAGGAACAAACAGUCGCUGAGAACUCUAUCGCGGAUGCAUUACCGAAGAUUCUAAGGACCACGAAAAUGAUAUUGACGUCGAGGAGUUACUUUUUCUCCUACGAGUUCGACUUAACGCGGAGACUGGCGCUCUUGAAUGGUGCUUGUAGGCCUCCUGCACGGGAGUCUUUGGACCCUUUGUAUUUCUGGAAUCGACGACUUGCUGGUCCGUUCUUUGACAGCCGGCAAGAUGCUUUUUUAAUGCCGAUUAUUCAGGGGUUCGUCGGUCAGAGGGCCUUUGUUGUCAAAAAGACAAAAUCAGAGGAGUCCGAGUCUGCUGAAGUCGUUGCUGCCAAUCAUGGUGAGCAAUCGGGUGAGCUCGAACAGGCAGUCGAUAAAGCUAAAGAAGGGCUGGCCAAUUUGAGUGGGGAAUCACAGUCGUACUUACUAACUUUGAUAUCUCGACGAUCGGUCAAACGAUCUGGUCUUCGGUAUCUGCGGAGAGGCAUCGACGAUGAUGGCAAUUGCGCAAACUCGGCGGAAACCGAGCAGAUUCUCUCAGCACCGGAUUGGUCAUCGACAAGACGCAUUCUAUCCUUUGUGCAGAUACGAGGCUCGAUCCCACUAUACUUCUCGCAGUCACCGUAUUCAUUUAAGCCCAUUCCGAUCCUGCACCAUCCAGCGUCCACAAACGAAGCCGCACUCAAGAAGCAUUUUCAAGACCUCAAGAGACGAUAUGGAAAGGUCCAAAUUGCUGCGCUUGUCGAUAAGCACGGGACAGAAGCGGCGAUUGGUGAAGCAUAUGACAAGACCAUCCAUUCCCUGACAGACACCCAUCAACUGGAGGAUGUUGAAUUCGAAUGGUUCGACUUCCACGCCGAAUGCCGUGGCAUGAAGUUUGAGAAUGUGUCUAGACUGAUACAGAAGCUGGAGAAGACGGUUGAGGCGUACGGGGAAACGGUGGUCUUGGCCAGCCAAAUUGAAAAAACACAAUCAGGAAUCAUCCGUACCAAUUGUAUGGAUUGCCUGGAUCGAACCAAUGUUGCGCAGAGUGCGUUUGGGCAGUUCAUGUUGCAGAAAGAUCUGGCCAGUGAGGGGUAUUCGAUAGAUCUACUGCACGACGAAAGCACGACGUGGUUCAACACAUUAUGGGCGGAUAAUGGAGAUGCCAUCUCGCGACAAUAUGCCUCUACAGCGGCGUUGAAGGGCGAUUUUACUCGAACACGGCGGCGAGACUAUCGUGGUGCGCUGAAUGACUUCAGCUUGACGUUGACUCGGUACUACAACAACAUGGUCAAUGAUUACUUCUCACAAGCAGUGAUUGAUGUGCUCUUGGGAAAUACGUCUUGGAAGAUGUUUGAAGACUUUGAGAGCACGAUGAUGAGAGCGGACCCAGGAAUAUCGAUUGAGAAAAUCCGGGAAACGGCAAUCGAGAAUUGUGCCAAGCAGGUCAUUCAGGACGAAAGCGAGGAUUUGAUCCACGGCUGGACCAUGUCGACGCCGUCGCACGAGAAUACGCUGCGCACUUUACCGUUUGAAGAAGCGGUCGUUCUGUUGACUGAUGCAGCACUAUAUUGCUGCAAGUUUGACUGGACGACCGAGAAGCUUGCAUCGUUCGAGAAAGCCGAUUUGAGGUCCAUCUCCAAGAUUCGAUAUGGCACUUAUAUCACAUCGACACUCUCAGAGCGGGCAAUGAAAGAAGAACUGAACGCUGGAGUGGUGAUUGUGUAUCAACCAGGCAAGGAAAGCAUCAUCCGCACAAAUACCAGAUCACUGCAAAAUGUUGUUGCCCAGAAAGCUGACGGGUCCUCGUCCUCCGACAAUCGAAUCGACGGUGGUACAGGGAUUCUCUCCUGGCUGGCGCCCUCAUCGCCUCCAACGUCGAGGACGAUCGCCAUCAAAGUGAUCCCCACGGCAGCGACGACGACGACAGAAGACAUGGAGUCUUCAACGGCUUCAGGUCGGUCAGAGUCAGCUUUGCAGACAGCUCAGACGGUGGCCGAGGAAGUCCAACGAGCGAUCACUGGUUCAGCCACUGUCUCUACAUCUACAUCAGGGGAGGCUGAUACGCAUAAGAAGGAUGGCCUAGUCGAGCAUGAACCCAUUAUUUCGCUGGCGGAGGCGAAGAGGCGGACGGGUUAUCUUGAACAGUUGGGGCAUUCUAUCAAGAAAUUGGUGUGGACUUGA